GUCUCUAUCAAUUCAUUCUGCGUUCACACGACGUAGUCUACGUAGCGUCGAACGGCCGGUAGAGAUUGGGUAUUUAAUAACGACUUCCUUUACUUUGACGCGCAGACGUGCCUUACCCUAGAUAGAGUGUUAAAAAGCAGUUAACAAAAAAGAUGGUCGAUAACUCUGUAAAGUUAAAUCAAUAUUUUGACCUAUACCUACUGCAGUCGUAGGAUUUAUAUUGCGCGUAGGCUACCCCAGCUGUCUCUCUCUAGCCUCCAGGAAUCGAGCACGCUGCGUUCUGCAGUGCACUGCACCGCAUCCACCAAUCCAAACACUGGGAUGCUGAGAGGAUUUCAUUCCCGCCGAGGUCCGUUACUUUUGUCCCACAUGGAAUUUUGUGUUCGUUCUCAAUGAACUGAAGUUGAGGAGCGAGAACGUUCCAGAAUACACUUGAAUUUACUUGAAGCUGCCCUUGGAUAUUAGCGCCAUGAGCCCCGACGUGUCUCACUCCACAGGAGACAACUGCCUUGGUCUCUUGUCCCGAGCCUCACCAUAGCCACCAUAUGACAGACAGCAUGGAGGAGAGCAAGCUCAUCUUCAGCCUGGACUGUCAUGAGGAGGGCCCUGUUGUGGCCUUCUCCAGGGACAAGCCCAGAGCCUCGGGCGGUACCCUCAGCCGGAGCGACCUCAGCCUGGGGAUGGAUCUGGGCUCAGAUUCCUCCGGCCAAAGACAGUGGACCCAGGGCUUCCACAUACCACACUCGCCCUCCUCCCCGGGCUCCCUGGCUGACCUCUCCACCUCCUCCGAAGACCUCCCCAUGUCCAGCCAACUGGUGAAGUCCUCCUCCACCGAGCUGGAGAACAGAGUGAGCCAUUCGGCGAGAGCCAAGCCGUUGCUCAGCCUGGUCAAGUCCCUGUCCACUGAGAUCUCCUACCGCGGCGAACCCGAGGUCAACCUCUCCAAGUCGGACUCCAAGCUCCACAUGCACCCCUGGAAGCAGCUCACCCAGCACCGGAUCCCGGAGGCCCAGCCCAGAGCAGGUGGUGCGGGCGAGGGGGACAUCUGGGGGGCCGGGUCCUCCUCCGCAGGCAGCACGUCACCCACGGAGUCCCGGGGGAGCUCCCUGAUCGCCGAGCUGGAGGACACGCGGAGGAAGUUCUCCGAGGCCAUGCAGGACCCCAUGAGCAUGUUUAGUAAGAUGAUGGGAGAUGAGUGUUCUUCCUCUGGCAGCCCCAAGCAGGGCAGGGCAUCAGGGGCCGGGGACCCCCCCGCCUCCCACGGGGCCGGGGGCGGCAGCCCCAUCAACAGCGAGGAUGCUGCCGCAGACGCCCAGCUCAGGUUUCGGAGACGAACGACCGACGAGCAGAGGGGAGUCUGCGCCUCACCGCAGAGAAGGCCCUCAAAGGGCCCACGGAAACGCUCCCAUUCGCCGGAGCCCCAUGACGACAACAGGGACAGUCAUUAUGAAGUCUGCAAGUACAGAGACAUGCCUCAAGUGGUGGAGCUCCAGGAGAGAUCCAGAGGGGCGCAUCGCGGGGAGUCCACCCAGCCUCGAUGCACGGUGCCUGGGGCAUCCAUGCCUCGGUGUUGGCUCUUCGUAGUGGGCCUCUUGACCUUUGGGGUCUUUGUGCUGCCCCUGCCUUCCUAUAUAACGGGGCUUUCUGUCGGCGUAGCCUGUGGCUUUCUGUUGGGUCUAGUGGUGGUUUAUCUGUUCACCCCACGACGACCAGCCGAAAGGAGGAACCGUUUGCACCCUUCACAAGAGCCCGGAUCAGCAGAACUCGGGGAGACCCAGCUCCUAGAGGGCUGGAUGAAUGAAAUCCAGGGCUAUGACCCUGAGACCUUCCAGCCGUCCCUCACCAGCUCUGUUUAUGCCACGCUGGAGGGCAGCCGCCUACGGCUGGCCUACCCCCGUGCCAGCAUCCCCCGCAGGGCUGCCUUUGACGAGACCCCCCCUGAGGUUGUGUUUGUACGCUCGCGCACCUAUCAACUAGCGGACUGCAAGGUGUCUCUGCUGCCCUCGGUGCUGGCCCGGAAGCGAGUGUGGAACAGGAAGUACCCCAUAUGUCUGGUCCUGGCUGAGGGUGUACAAGUGGAGGAGGAGGAGAUCCUCCUCCCAGGAUCAGAGGAUGAGGAGCGGGCGACAGAGAAGCCAGACCUCGCGGAGCCUCACUCCCACGACACCCUCUACCUGUUUGGGCGGACUGGCCGGGAGAAGGAGGAUUGGUUCCAGCACUUCCUCUCCGCCUCCAGGGCGUCCCGGCUCGACCGCAGUCCCAGCAGGGAGCAGUCUAAGGCGGAAAACGUUGUAGGUGGGGAUACUCUUGAAGAAGGAACAGAUGAGUUGCCAGGGGCUCCAAAAGCAAAGGUCCCUUUGGAUUACACCAUGUACAUGAGUCAUCUCAUUGGCCUGGACAGUGUAAGUCCCGCCCCUAGCCCCUGCCCUAGCGAUCAUGGGAGCCCAACGACAAGCAAGAUGUUAUCUGCUGAGGAGUGCUUCUGCGAGGGGGCAGCCAAAGUCGAGGCUGGGGCUGAGUCUAAUCCAGGGGGCUCCUUUGCCGAGGUUCAUCCCGCCUGGGUCAACUCCCUGGUGGGCCGGAUCUUCUGGGACUUUCUACGUGAGAAGUACUGGUCUGACAAAGUUGCCCACAAGAUCCAGAAGAAGCUUUCCAAGAUCAGGUUGCCGUACUUCAUGAACGAGCUGACUCUGGCUGAUCUCGACAUGGGCACGUGUCUCCCUGAGGUCCUCAGCACCUCCAAGCCUUCCCUGGACCAAAGAGGUCUGUGGCUGGAGCUGGACGUGGCGUACAUGGGUGGCCUUCAGAUGACCCUUGAGACCAAGAUGAACCUUUGUAAGCUGGGCAAGGAGGGCUGGGCCGAGGCCGACCGCAUCCCAGAGACCUGCCAAGAAGGCUCUAAGCCAAGGGUGUGUGUCCUGGCUGAUAGUGAUGAAGAAUCAUCCAGCGCUGGGUCCUCUGACGAAGAGGACCUGCCACUGGCUGAACCACAAGGCUCACCAGGAGACAAAGGAGCUGCUACAGUGGGGGCUGAUGGGCACGCUGGGGGCAGCACGGGGAGGAAGAUCCUGAGGUUUGUGGAUAAAAUAGCCAAGUCCAAGUACUUCCAGAAGGCCACGGAGAACGAGUAUAUCAAGAAGAAGAUCGCAGAGGUGUCCAACAUGCCUCUGAUGCUCAGCGUGGAGGUUCUAGAACUCUCCGGGACCCUGGCCAUCAACAUUCCGCCACCCCCAACUGACAGAAUAUGGUACAGUUUCCGGGGCCCUCCCAGGCUGGACUUGCACGUGCGUCCUAUGCUUGGAGAGCGUGAGGUCACCCUCACCCAUGUCACCGAGUGGAUCGAGAGGAAACUGCAGUGUGAGUUCCAGAAAGUGUUUGUGAUGCCCAACAUGGACGACCUCUACCUGCCCCUGAUGACCCCUGGCGUGGACAACCCCCCUCCUUGCCAACCCUCCCCCGCUCAGCUCUCCUCGUCCCGCCAGUCCUCAGUGGACUCCCAGGAGUACAUGUCUGAGUAGCAACGCCAACGGCGCGCAACUGGUCACCACAAGGAUCUAUUCAUGAGCUAACACGGAUUCCAGAAUUUGAUCUGAAUCUAGGCAUUCAUUGCAAAGGAAUGAUGGAGCAUCUGGAGUCCUUUCUCCUACUCGCUACGGACAAAUGGACAGUUGGGAAGUUGAACAGGUGGACGGACAGCUGGCACACUAUGUGUAGCCCGUUCAACUGUGAGAGGGUAGUACAGCGAGUGUUGUACAGUGUUGUAGUGCUCCCUACCGGCCGAGAACAGUAGCGCCGAACAUGCAUGACCCAAAGCACAUCUCUUGAGUAUUGCGAGGGCUGUGAUCAACUUUUUACCAUACAUUUUUUAAAUGUAUAUAAAAAAAAAAGACUUCUUGUGUCUUUAUAGUUUAUAGGAGUUUAAAAAUUUGAACUGGGUGCACUGUAUGACCUCACUCAUAAUGGAAAGUGUAUGCUCUGUUAUUUUGCUUGAAUGCAAUAACCCUUGGCUUGAUGCAUGUCAUUUCUAUGGACAGUGCCAAUGCCUUGUCCUGCCCGGCUGAAUCACAGACAAAUAAAGAAUGAUGAAUUA